UUCUCACGAGAGCAAAAAAGAUUUUACAUAUUUUCUUUUUCUUUUUUAAAAGUUGAAUAUAGUUUGUAAUUUCAUAAUGGAUAUCCGUAAUUAUUUCUCCGCACCAAACGCGAAUAAAAAGCUAGGAAAAAAGACUACUACAAAAAAGGGGAGUUCCAAGCGUAGGAUCCAGGAUUCUGACGACGAACUCGGUGAUCAUAAGGCCUCUAGAACUUCUACUUCACAAGAAAAUUCUGCUUCAAAAUCUAAUACUUCUACUCCAACACGUCAAUCAACUCGGCUUAACCGAAAAAACACCAAAGUUGAUGAGCCAACAACUAAGAAAGAACGGGAGCGUUCUGAUACACCAAAAUCUAAUAAGGAAGAUGAUUUUGUGACGAUGAAAAUUGACGAUGAAACAUCUCCUCCUCAAAGCACCUCAGAAAACCCAGAAAUAUUUACUACUCCUAGGCGAUCAAGAAAAACCACAGAAGUAACGCCAAAAGCAGUAACCAAAAAACGCUCAAAAAAGAUUGAUGAUGAUGACGAUUUUGUAUUAGAAGAAGAAUCAAAAUCACAGUCACCCCCCAAGAAAACGAAACGUGAACAAAAAGAAGCAGCAUAUAAACCUUCUAGUAAUCGUGCUAUUAAAACGCCCCGAUCAAAAAGAUUGAAUAUGGAAGAUGAAGAUGAUGAAAAGGGUAUCGUUCAAGAUAACUCGGAGAUCGGUACCACAUCGAUAAAAGUUGAAGACAAUGAUUCACCUGAUAUCAUAGUAGAUCGGUCUAAUUUGAAUAAAGCUGAUCCAACGACUCCAGAAUCAAAAGAAAUACCUCAAGGUGAAGAAAUGUGCUUAUAUGGUAAAACCUUUGUUUUUACUGGCGAUUUAUCUAUGGACCGUGAAGAAGCUCAAGAUCUUGUUAAACGUCAUGGAGGGCGUGUUACUUCACAGCCUAGUUCUAAAACUUCAUAUGUUAUAGUCGGACAAGAUCCAGGACCGAAGAAAAUGGAAAAAGUUAAACAAUUUAAAAUUAAAACUUUAAACGAGGAUCAGCUUUUAGAGUUGAUUAGAACUUCUCCCAGGAAAUCUGAUGUUGAUAUAAAUAAAUCUCAAAAAUCAAAAACUUCUAAGUCCAAAGCUCCUAUUACAAAAAUUUCUGAUGCAAUUACUGCAGUCGCUUCACCUGCCUCAUCUAAGGCCUCCGAAACUGUCGCACAAUUGUGGACAGAAAAGUAUCGACCUAAACUUUUCAGGGAUUUUUGUGGUAAUCAAAAUCUCGUAAAAGAUAUGGAAAAAUGGCUUGGCGUAUGGGAUAAAAAAGGUUUCAAAUUUAAGAACAAAGAAUGGAUGGCUGCAUUGUUAAUUGCUGGUUCUCCCGGAAUCGGAAAGACAUCAUCUGUUCAUCUUGUUGCAAAUACUCAAGGGUACGAUGUGAUUGAGCUUAAUGCUAGUGACACUCGAAGCAAAAAACAAUUGGAUACUGUUAUCAAAGUAGCAACAAAAAAUACGUCUAUUACUGGUUUUUUCCAACCAUUCAAUGAUAAAUCUUCAAGUAAGGAGCAUGCAAAUGAGGCACAAAAAAAGAAAACACUUAUCUUAAUGGAUGAAAUCGAUGGUAUGUCUGCUGGUGACAAGGGUGGUAUCGCUGAACUAAUUCAAUUAAUCAAGAAAACAAAAGUACCCAUAAUUUGCAUCUGCAAUGACAUUAAUGCUCAAAAACUCAAAUCAUUAAGGCCUUAUUGUCAUGAGUUGAAGUUCAGCAAACCUCGGGUUGAACAAGUCAGAUCAAGAAUUAUGACAAUUGCAACGAGGGAGAAUUUACAGAUUCAAUCAACGGACGUAGACGAACUCAUUAGAGGAGCUAAUUCCGAUAUUCGUCAAAUUUUAAACUUGCUAUCCACAUGGAAGAUUAAUCAUGAUAGUAUUAAUUAUGAUGAAAUAAAGGGUUUAAACAAAAAUAAUGAGAAACAUCUUAAAAAAAAUAUCUUUGAAAUAGCUAAAGAUUUUUUGGGCAAUGAUAUCUGGAAAUCUCGUAAGAAUACUUUUAAUGAUAAAAUGAAACUUUAUUUCCAAGAACACGAUCUAGCUCCUUUAAUGAUUUUUGAAAAUUAUAUAAAAAUGAAACCUCACACUAUUCCUAAGUUUGUUAAAGAAUAUGAUAAUGGAGAUAUAAAACCAGAUACUUUAGAAAAACUUGCAUCUCUGGAAGCUUUUGUAAAAGCCGCUGAUGCCAUGUCUUGCGGAGAUAUGGUUAAUAAAAGAAUUCAUGGACCACAACAAGAAUGGAAUCUUAUGCCAAUCCAUGGAUUCUUUUCUACUAUUGCGCCUGCAUAUUACGUUCAUGGUUAUAGUAAAGGAGGUCAAUUUGGUCAAUAUAAAUUUCCAAGCUGGCUAGGACAAAAUUCUAAAGCAAUCAAGAUUCACCGUCAAUUGAAAGAAAUUCAAAGUCACAUGCGAACUAAAAUUUCCGCUGAUAGAAGUGAAGUUCGCGAAAGUUACAUUCCUACUCUUCGAAAAGCUCUCAUUAAACCUUUGGUUGACCAAAAAACUGAAGGUGUGAAUGAUACCAUUAAAAUUAUGGAUCAAUACAUGAUAACCAAAGAACAAUUCGAUGUUAUCAUGGAAUUUAAGGAUGAUCAAACACACUAUAAACCUUCUGAAAUCGCCAGCGGCUUAAAGUCUACCUUUACAAAGAAAUAUAAUGCCAGUUCACACCCUCUUCCCUUCUUAAAUAUAUCGAGCGUGAUUACAACUAAGUCCAGGCCUGUUAUAACUGCUGAUAUGGAUGAUUUUAUUGAAGAGGAAGUAGUUCCUGAUGACGACGACGUAAUUGAUGAUGAUGAUGAUCUUGCAAAGGAUCGCCUCAUUAUCCAACCUUCCGUAGGUCGUGGAGGUGGUCGUGGAGGUGGUCGAGGUGGUCGUGGAGGUAAUCGUGGAGGUAAUCGUGGAGGUAAUCGUGGAG